UAGUUUCUCACAACACAACGAUGGCCGCCUCCACAGGUAGUAAGAAAGGACCUGAACUUUCUAAAGCUGAAUAUCUAAAGCGUUAUUUAUCCGCCGGUGACGACUCUAAGAAAUCAACAGGAAAGAUUAAGAAGAAACGGCGUAAGGUUCCUGAGAGAGGACUUAAAAUUGUAGACGAUGACAUAGACUGGAGACAUAUGGUCACAGAGCAGGCGGAGGUUGAAGAGGACGAGGAAGAAGCUCCAGUGAUUGCUGAGGUGAUUGAUGAUCGACCAGAGGAAGUGAAACAGCUGGAAGCCUUUAGAACCAGCAACAGGUGGAAAGUAAUCGGAGCUGAUGAAGAGAAAAACAUAGAUGAGGGGAAUGGAGGAGAGCAUCAACAUACGGAGCCUGAGGCGUCAAGCAGAGGUCGCCAUGACUCGCCAGAGCUGUCAUCAAAGAGAAGAAGACAUGAUUCACCUGUCAGGAAGACCCGACAUGACUCCCCUGAUAUAUCUCCACCGAGGAGAAGUCGCCAUGAUUCUCCAGACGUAUCUCCUCCCAGAAGAAGUCGCCAUGAUUCUCCAGAUGUAUCUCCUCCCAGAAGAAGUCGCCAUGAUUCUCCAGACGUAUCUCCUCCCAGAAGAAGUCGCCAUGAUUCUCCAGACGUAUCUCCUCCCAGAAGAAGUCGCCAUGAUUCUCCAGACGUAUCUCCUCCCAGGCGAGGACGCCAUGACUCUCCAGACUUGUCACCUCCAAGGCAACAUUCAGGGAAGUCAGGGAAGGUGCACAGUAAAGAUUCAUCCCCUUACAGAAGAAAGCCCAGCUCAUUAUCAAGUAAAAAACGUUCACCUGAUUCUCGUCGGUCACCACUGGGUAAGAGGGCUCAGAAUAGGCACAAUUCAGACUCUGAUCAGUCACCCCCAAGAAGAAAGACACUGAAGAGAGAAGCUUCAGACUCCGACCAAUCUCCUCCAAGGAUGCACUCAAAAACAAGACGAGGCUCUGAUUCUGACGAGUCUCCACCCAGGAGGCGACCGCGGAGUGGAAAGGACUCAGAUGGAGACUUGUCACCCCCUCGUAGACAUGGCCAGUCACAGGGCCACAGGAUGCUUUCUGGUGGGAAGGCAGGCUUGGUUUCUGUAGAGAUUUUAAGAAAAGAGCAGGAGGAAAACCGACGUAGAGAAAGAAACAACCAACCACUUGAAGAUGACUCUCGCAAUGCCCAGACGGUGUUUCGAGACAAAAGUGGCAAAAGGAGGGAUUUGGAUUCAGAGAGAGAGGAACAGAAGAAGAAAGCUGGAAUAAAAGCAGCGAAAGAUGAGAAAUAUGCUCAGUGGGGAAAAGGGUUGGCCCAGAAUCAGAUGCAUCAGCAGAAACUUGAGGAUGCAGUGAUUGAAGCGCAGAAGCCGCUGGCACGUCACUACGACGACGAGGAUCUGGACCGCAUGUUGAGAGAGCAAGAAAGGGAAGGAGAUCCUAUGGCUGCCAUGCUCAGGCGGAAAAAAGACCGCAACCCAAAAGCACAAGAAAAACCUCGAUAUAAAGGCCCUGCUCCACCUCCAAACAGGUUCAAUAUUCCACCAGGCUAUCGCUGGGAUGGAGUUGACAGGUCAAAUGGUUUUGAACAGAAACGCUACAUGCGGAUAUCAGAUAAAAAAGCUGGCCAGGAGGCAGCUUAUAAAUGGAGUGUGGAGGACAUGUAAUGGCACUGGAAACUGAUGAAUCAGGAGCAAAGCUAAAGAGCAUUACUGCUCAUUCUGUAUAGAAUUCCUGUGCUGUCAAAACAACUGCAGAUUAUACAGAUCCACUCAACAGAACUUACAUUUUGAAAUAGACUGAGUUUGAUACAUCAGAUUAAAUUGUACAUAGCAGUGAAUUGACAGCAUCCUAAUGCUGCCACUAUCUUUGUAAUACCUGAGUCAUAGUGAAGCCAAAACAGAUGUGGUUUUCAUUGUUUUAUUAAAUGAUGUUUUUGUAAA